ACCUCCGGCGAUUUCAAGUGACGACACGACUGCUCUUCUCCUCCACAGAGCCGCAACUCUUUUCUCCGGCGAAACAGGAGGCUCGGGCGGAGAAUCUCCGCACACGGCGUCCCCGUCCACCCCACUACAUGUGUCGGCGUCUAAUGUGUCCGUUGGGCCAGCAAGGCCGAUCCGCUUUGUGUACGCGGACGAGAAGGGAAGGUUCCACAUGGAUCCAGAGGCGGUGGCGCUAUUUCAGUUGGUGAAGCAGCCCGUGGGCAUGGUAUCUGUUUGCGGCCGCGCUCGUCAGGGCAAGAGUUUCAUAUUGAAUCAGGUAAAUUUGGGAAAAGGGGCUGGUUAA